CUCUAGGUGAUGAGUUGGUAACUUGGAGACAGCCAUUUUUGUUGUAAAACUUUCCCAGAAAACUGUAAAAAGUUGUCAGAAGUUCUUUCUCCAUCUGAAAUGAUUGAAAGUAAUUAGAAAAGGAUUUAAAAAAGAUCAGCAAACAACUGAUGCAAUAGUAAAGACAGAAUCAUGGUUCCUGGAAGCAGACUUGAUGAGAGCGAUGCUUCCAUGCGAGAGAGGCUAGUGACGAGUUUGAGUCAAAGUUUUCCUGGUAGUGCCCUGUCCAAGGCCCUGCAGUGCAUGCAGCCGGAAUCCGACAGCGAAGAUGAUGACAUGAAAGGGGACUUCCUCAGCAGUAGCUGUUUUGCCGAGCUCCGUUUGGAAAAAGGACCCAUAGACAGUGACGAUGACCUCAAACCCUUGUCUUGGCUUCAGGACAGCAAUUUGCUGAAGAACAUCUCCUGCGCUGAUGAGGACAGUGAUGAUGACCAGAAGGAAAAUGGUGACCUGCUGAGUGGGAACCACAUCAACCAGUCCCAUCCCCCUCAUGUCCCCUACAACCCCCAGAAGCACAUCAACAGCAAACCUCCAUACUCCUUCUCCUGCCUCAUCUUCAUGGCCAUCGAAGACUCGCCACAGAAAAAACUGCCAGUAAAAGACAUCUACUCCUGGAUCCUGAACCAUUUUCCCUAUUUCCAGCAUGCUCCCACAGGCUGGAAGAACUCAGUGCGACAUAAUUUGUCCCUCAACAAGUGCUUCAAGAAGGUGGACAAGGACAGAGGACAGUCCAUUGGUAAGGGCUCCCUGUGGUGCAUUGACCCGGACUAUCGACCCAACCUGCUGCAGGCCCUCAGGAAGACGCCCUACCACCCCUACCACCAGCUUCAGAUGCUGGCCAACCCCCAGCCCCAGCCCCAGUAUACCUACAUGUACAAUGGCAAGCAGAUAACGGGGAUCACAGGACCUCUACCCCUCUCUCCCAGACUCGGGCCAAACACUGUGUCUCCACAUUUAUUUCCUUUUCUAAGUAAAAGAUUAGCCCAGUCCAAUAACAAUGAUAUAGAUUCUGACAUCAAAGAUGUAGCUCAAACCUUGGUGUCCCUGAAAGGACUUGGCACAAAGGAUAAUGAUAAUUCAGUGCUUCAGAGAAUACGCAUGAAAAGAAAACAGAGACAACUAGGCCCAGGAAUGCUAAAGCGCCGACAUUUAGAGGACGUAGUAUUCACCAUCAGCCCCAGUGAGGAUCACACGUAUAGUGCCACCUGUCACAAGGACCCAGGGUCUCCAGACUCCUCUGUGGAUGAGGGAUUCGAAUACGGAGACGAGGAUGAAUACGACAUGGAAGAAGAAUUCUCAGACGAUGACAUGAGUUACGACGAGUGGGAUAGUGAAAUGGACGAGGUCGACGGUGACGUGCGACAGAAUCACAGCCACAGCAAACAGCGUAGAAUGACUGUUAAACUGCCAGGCAAGAAAACUGUUUCCAAGGAGGACGAAGAGGAGCAGAAGAAGAUUGAAGAAGGAGCAGACGCCCUGUUAAAUUUGGCGGGAAUUCGCACCACCCGCUCCUCCAGCAGUGUUAAUGACUCAGGUGCCUCCUCUGGAGGAUCUACACCCAGGAAAAGACGGUCUCCCCCUGCCAAACGUGGACAUGUGAAGUGAUGUCAAGACAGCUAGUAGACUUCUUGCCAUUUUGAGAUUUGCAUUGAGGACCAGGGACACUUUUUGUUACACAAUUCCAGAAGUCUUCCAUAUGUGUGACUGUACUUUCAAUUGUAUUUUUUCAGUAAUCGCAUCGCCCACUUGUUAGGUUUUUCAUUUGUUCAUUGUCUUUGUUGAGAGUGGUGCUUUUAUUACAAUCUUCAAUUUACUAUGUAAUUCACACAUUUAUUGUUAGCAUUUUUUCCAUUGCAUAUUGAAACAAACUUUAAUAAUUUUUUUCAAAUUUUUCUUUGGUAGAUUUUUGUUUACUAGUGUUCAGAUUGUUAUUGUAAAAUGGUGGGGAAAAAACAAAAAUGUGCAAUUUCAGCAGUUCAGGUUUAAUAUGAAUUUUAUUUUCUGUUUUGUGCCAUUGAUUUGUGUAAUAUUCAUAUUAACCAAAGAUUCCAGCUGCUCACCAAGUUUUUACAGAAAGGUGCAAUCAAAUUUCCACAUGGUGUUCUAUUAAUUAGUUUUUAUUAAAACAUCUCAUCAUCACUGAUGUUAAAUUCAUUUUACUCAGAGAAUGAGUCUUUAAAAGA